AUGCACUCCACCGUUCUACUGCUGGCCCUGGCAGGCCACUUAUGUAGUGCGAUCCCCGUACAAGAUGGUCCCCAACAACGCCUGUUAAAUGGCCUUGAACUCCCUAAAUCCUACAAUAGUGUGACGGGAGGCGGCCGCAUUCCGUUCACACCUGGCCACCGAGACCCUUACGAUGAAGCUGUUGAUACAGUUGGUGAUGAGCUCGACCCUCUCCCCUGGCGCAAUGGAUUAGGCGCUUCGGUCUUGGGACCUUGGAACAAGGAUCGUUCCAGACAGAGCCCAGAUCUUGUGCGACCUCCCAGUACCGACAAGGGUAAUUUGGCUAAUAUGCGCUGGAGCUUUGCUGAUUCCCAUAUCCGUAUUGAGGAAGGAGGAUGGACCCGCCAGACCACCGUUCGUGAACUCGGAACAAGUGUCGAGCUUGCUGCUGUCAACAUGAGACUUGAUGAGGGUGUGAUCCGAGAGCUUCACUGGCACAAAGAGGCUGAAUGGGCGUAUGUUCUCGAUGGCGAAGUUCGAGUGACCGCGCUUGAUUACGAGGGCGGGAACUUCAUUGAUGACUUGAAGAAGGGUGAUAUCUGGCACAUACCCCCCAAAUCGGUGCUAUCCAAAAACUUCAACCUGGACCCCAGGGUGUUCGCCCAUAUUCCCGAAGGCGAAAAAUACAUAUUCCAGGGCUCCAAGCCAGGCUCUAUAGAUGACGAGGCGCCCCGUGGCAAGCAGGCGAAGAAGUCCAAGUAUCAAUUCACCCACCGAAUGCUUGACCAAGAGCCUAUCAAGAGCAGCAAUGGCGGAGGGCAAGUCCGAAUCACCGACUCCAACAACUUCCCCAUCUCCAAGACUGUCUCAGCCGCCCAUGCGAUCAUUGAGCCUGGCGCCAUUCGGGAAAUGCACUGGCAUCCGAAUGCCGACGAAUGGUCGUUCUUCAUCAAGGGUCGUGCCCGAGUGACCAUCUUUGCUGCCGAGGGCACCGCUCGGACAUUUGACUAUCUUCCCGGCGAUGUUGGCAUUGUGCCCCGCAACAUGGGCCAUUUCGUCGAGAAUAUCGGUGAUGAACCUGUUGAGAUGCUGGAGGUUUUCCGCGCCGACGAGUUCCGAGAUAUUUCCUUAUUCCAAUGGAUGGGCGAGACUCCCCAGCGACAUGUUGCGGAUACUCUCUUCGCUGAUGAUCCUGAAAAUGCGAAGAAAUUCCUGGACCAGAUUCAAAAUCAUGAACAUAACGUUGUUACCAAGCCCGACUUUGUUCGUGAAGGUGGCCGAUCGGGUAUGGAACUGUAA